GUGGCCGUAACCUUGAGGCGGCGGCGGGGCCGGGCCGGGCCGGGCUGGGGGGCGGCGGCACUGGAUCCGAGGCCGGCCGGCCGCUGGCGGGAGAUGUCGAACCCCGGGACGCGUAGGAACGGCUCCAGCAUCAAGAUCCGUCUGACAGUGUUAUGUGCCAAGAACCUUGCAAAGAAAGACUUCUUCAGACUCCCUGACCCCUUUGCCAAGAUUGUUGUGGAUGGCUCUGGGCAGUGCCACUCAACCGACACUGUGAAAAACACCUUGGACCCAAAGUGGAACCAGCAUUAUGACCUGUACGUUGGGAAAACCGACUCUAUAACCAUCAGCGUGUGGAACCACAAGAAGAUCCACAAGAAGCAGGGGGCUGGCUUCCUGGGCUGUGUGCGGCUGCUCUCCAAUGCCAUCAGCAGACUGAAAGACACUGGCUACCAGCGUUUGGAUCUAUGCAAACUAAAUCCCUCAGAUACUGAUGCGGUUCGUGGCCAAAUAGUGGUCAGUUUACAGACCCGAGACCGAAUAGGCAGUGGAGGGUCGGUGGUGGACUGCAGAGGACUGCUAGAAAAUGAAGGAACAGUGUAUGAAGACUCGGGCCCUGGAAGGCCGCUCAGCUGCCUUAUGGAGGAGCCUGCCCCAUAUACAGACGGGACCGGUGCAGCCGCGGGAGGUGGGAACUGCAGGUUUGUGGAGUCUCCUAGCCAAGAUCAGAGACUCCAGGUGCAGCGACUUCGAAAUCCUGAGGUUCGAGGGUCCCUACAGACGCCCCAGAACCGACCACAUGGCCACCAGUCACCAGAGCUGCCUGAAGGCUAUGAGCAAAGAACGACAGUACAGGGACAAGUUUACUUUUUGCACACGCAGACUGGAGUCAGCACGUGGCAUGACCCCAGGAUCCCCAGAGACCUUAACAGUGUGAACUGCGAUGAACUUGGGCCGCUGCCUCCAGGCUGGGAAGUCAGAAGUACAGUGUCGGGAAGAAUCUAUUUUGUAGAUCACAAUAAUAGAACAACCCAGUUUACAGACCCACGGCUUCACCACAUCAUGACCCACCAGUGCCAACUCAAGGAGCCCAGCCAGCCACUGCAGUUGCCCAGCGAGGGCUCCAUGGAGGACGAGGAGCUUCCUGCCCAGAGAUAUGAGAGAGAUUUAGUCCAGAAGCUCAAAGUUCUCAGACACGAGCUGUCUCUUCAGCAGCCCCAAGCUGGUCAUUGUCGAAUAGAAGUUUCCAGAGAAGAAAUAUUUGAGGAGUCCUAUCGGCAGAUCAUGAAGAUGCGGCCGAAGGACCUGAAGAAGCGCCUCAUGGUGAAGUUCCGAGGGGAGGAAGGUCUGGACUACGGUGGAGUGGCACGGGAGUGGCUGUAUUUGUUGUGCCAUGAAAUGCUGAAUCCGUAUUAUGGACUCUUCCAGUAUUCCACGGACAAUAUUUACACACUGCAAAUCAACCCAGAUUCUUCCGUCAACCCUGACCAUCUGUCUUACUUCCACUUUGUGGGCCGCAUCAUGGGUCUGGCUGUGUUCCACGGACACUACAUCAAUGGGGGCUUCACAGUUCCGUUCUACAAGCAGCUCCUGGGGAAACCCAUCCAGCUGUCAGACCUGGAGUCAGUGGACCCAGAACUGCACAAGAGCUUGGUGUGGAUUCUAGAGAAUGACAUCACACCAGUGCUGGACCAUACCUUCUGUGUGGAGCACAAUGCUUUUGGGCGGAUCCUUCAGCACGAACUGAAACCCAAUGGCAGAAAUGUGCCCGUCACUGAGGAGAACAAGAAGGAAUAUGUCCGGUUGUAUGUGAACUGGAGGUUUAUGAGAGGAAUCGAAGCCCAGUUUCUAGCACUUCAGAAAGGGUUUAAUGAACUCAUUCCCCAACACUUACUGAAGCCCUUUGAUCAGAAGGAACUCGAGCUGAUAAUAGGUGGGCUCGAUAAGAUAGACCUGAAUGACUGGAAGUCGAACACACGCCUGAAGCACUGUGUGGCCGACAGCAACAUCGUCAGGUGGUUCUGGCAGGCAGUGGAGACCUUCGAUGAGGAGAGGAGGGCCAGACUUCUGCAGUUCGUGACAGGAUCCACACGAGUUCCUCUCCAAGGUUUCAAGGCUCUGCAAGGUUCUACAGGCGCGGCAGGGCCCCGACUCUUCACCAUCCACCUGAUAGACGCCAACACAGACAACUUACCCAAGGCUCAUACCUGCUUUAACCGGAUUGACAUCCCCCCCUAUGAGUCCUAUGAGAAGCUCUAUGAGAAGCUGCUGACAGCAGUCGAGGAGACCUGUGGCUUUGCUGUGGAGUGAAGAGUGGCCAGUGGCAGCAGAGUCGCACUCACAACCACCAGACCCAAAGCAUAUGGCGUCUGCACGCCUCCCGCAUGGCGGGCUGAGGCCUGAGAUUCCAGAAACCCGAGGGGAAGCUCAUCUCCCUCCUCCGGGGAGGGCAAGCCAGGGGACUUGAAUAGGUGGCUCCCACCCACUUAUCCCUCCUUUAUUAUAGUUCGCCCACCCUUCCAUCACCCAUCCAAUAAAACGCAGCCAGGUUUCGCCCUCAGCCUCCUUGGCAUAGUGGGCAUGGUCAGGGCCAAGCUGGGCCCCUGAGGGUUUGCAUGGUUUCUGUACCAGCUCUCUCUCAGUGUAGCCUCAAGGCCCUUUUCAAGUUCAGCAGCUGCCGACAGCUUACUAAGCUCAAAUUCCAGACAUCCAGCUAGCAGCCUGUCCAGAUAGCAGGUGGAUUUCUAAGCAGGAAAUAACUGCACAGUGUAUGCUUGCUGGAAUUCCACCAAGGCAGGAAGCUCGAGGCAGAAUGUGUUUCCCCUUUGAGAGGUAAAGGAAUCGGAGUAGCCUUCACUGGAGGCCCAGGGAUUUCUUUUCAGGGUAUCUUGGCCGAAAAGAUGGUUUUGCACAAGGGGGAAAUCUUUAAAAGUCCCAUCUGCUGUGUUCUCUACCCAGUUUGAAAUUCUCACACGUCAUGGAGCUAAUCAAAGAAUGACCAAAACCAGGCUCCGAUCCCCCUGGGUCCAGCUCGACUCCUGUGCCGGGGACCGGAGGCUCCUGACUGUCUUGAUAUGCUAACGACUUUCACAUGGGGAUUGCUAAGCGCUAAACUAACAGACCACUGUUGUCACCACAGCCACUGGACGGGACAGCAGGAGAGGCCACUGACCUGGGGUCCCCUGAUGCAGCUCCCCAGGGUUGGUGCUAUGCACAAAGCAGGGUGUGAUGGAGCCUGUGGUAACAGGGUGGGGGCUCUACCUCCCGACAUGGCCCUCUUCCCCAGUGGCAAUGGUGAUGCUAACAGUUCUACUUAAUUUGCUUGCUCAGUCUUCGUCUUCUGAUGAGCAAGGCCAAAGCCAGCCGAACGCCAUGUCUUUAACACCAUUUCCAAUUUGCACAAGUGUUCCGAAGCGGUGACUCUUUGAACAGAGGGGCUGGAUUCAGGCAGCUGAACUCUGGUGGAAGGCAGAGCAGCAGCCGAUUGUCCAUGUGUGGUUUUGUCAUUUUUGUUUGUGGUGGGGGCAAGAACAGGGUAAUUCAUUAGCAAGACAUUUCAUUGGUACCGGGGUUCAGGUUCAGCCAUGAGUUCAAGUUGUGUGUGGGAUGAUGAGGAAGGUCCUGUUGGGCCACUUGGCUUUUGUGUUCUUUUCAUUGCUUACCCUCAGGCCAGGGAUGGGAAGUGUCUUCCCUCCUUUUCCUGCUGCUUCUGUCCAGCUUGCUCCGGAAGCAGUUCCCAAGUGACUGGGGGAGGCUGGAUUCACAGGUCAUACACAUCCUACCCCAAGAGGUUUACCCAGCUCGGUGGCCACUGGUACUGCAGAGUGUGAGUCAGCCAAACUCUAGGGUUCGCGGUUUGGGGACAGAAAGGAUGCUUGGUAGACCUCACUGCACAAAAACGGAAUCCGUCCCACCAUCCAGGCCAGAUUGGGGCCUUAUCAGUCUCUCGAUUUUCUGCCUUGCCCCAGUAGGGCUUCUCUAUUUCAUCUACCUUAAUGCUUCCAAGGGUGUUCUACAACCCAGCUCCCAUGUGACUCGGAGUCUUUAAAAGUGUGAGGAAGCCUGUGCCCUUAGUUGCAGCCAGUCCAUGGGAACCAGCCAGACCCCGCAGAGUGACAUUCUCCGGAGACUGGAAGCCCUGCUUGUUGCUGUCGCACUGUGCCAGUCUGCAGCGAUGAAGGAAACCAGGGUCCUGUGCUUUGGAGAUGUGCGGCAGGAGUGUUGAGUUGGAGUGAUGGGGGACAAGCCUUAGGAGUCCCGUGUCAGGUGUCCUUUGAGGAAGAUCGAGGUUGGGCCCUUGGGCUGACUGUGGUAGUAGGCACAUAGACCACCCACUAAGGCUUCUAAGUCUGUCUGCUUGCAUUGCCUGUGGGUUCCCCCCUUUGCCGGUUCUGAGUGUCACAGCCUCCCCCAGGUGCAUCUGUCUGCGCAGCACCGUCCUUUGUGGGUACCGCUGCACCUCUUUGUCUGUCUACCAUGGUUAGGCCCUUCUGAAGCUCCUCAAAGGACACUGUGGCCGGCCCACGGCAGAGCUCCUGUUGCCCUGCUUUGGGUCUGGAUGAAGCCCUUUCAUGUAAGAUCUCGAUUGUCACCCCUCCUGGUGGCCCCAGAUGAUCCACCGUUGCCAUGUCACCCAGAUGCUUCAGGAGCCCCGCUCCAGGCUCCCCUCACCAGCGGCCAGCAGCCACACUCAGGGACGCAGCGAACACCACUCUGCUCCACAGUGCUUCAGAAGAAGUGCCAGGCUGCAGCGAGCGACGGGGUGGCAGUGGGUCACGAUCUCUUGCUUUCUGUUAGGAGAGUCUGCCACAAGAUGGGAUGCUGACCCUACACUGGCUUGGCCACACGGUCAAGUUCAGGAUGGGUGGACCCUGGACUGACCUUCCGCAGAGAAAACGCCCCACCCUACUGCAGCCAGGUGGGGCCACAUGGCAGCCUUCUGAAACAGUGUGGAUUUUUAAAAUGUGUUUAUAAUGUAUUCUAAUUUAUUUUGUAAGGUCCUGUUUGAAGUGCUGCUGCUACCCUAGUUGCUCUCCCAGUUUUUAUUGCCCAUUUCCUUGUGACAGUUGUACACUAAUGUUCUGUUUUAUGUCAGAAUCGAAAGUAUUUAAAGAAAUGCUAGUUCUAUUUAAUGCAGUUGUGGAACCAGCUGGAAACACAAAACAUUGACUGUAGAGCAGGCUGGACCCGGGAGGUCAGGUUCAUUUUGUUACAUAUGCAAUAAACUCACGACUUUA